AUAAAUGGGUUCUCAGACAAGUAAUGCUUUAAUUGUACAAGGAGCCCUCUAACCUGGUGCACUGCACUUUCAGUAAUUCAGAUUAAUUGUGCAGCCCUACCUGGUUCAAUAAUACAAAUAUUAAUGCUUACAAUAAGAACUGACCUCAAAGAAAUUCCAUGAAUGUACUUUUUAUUCAAAAUGACCAACACACUACAGCACUCAACACAAACUAGUACAACUACAGACUCUACAGUCAGUGAGUAGUGAUUUACCAGAUAAAAUAGGGCUUUCUUUAGUGCACAGGGUGUGGCACAUGGAUUUUGAAUGCAUGCAGGACUUCUAACAGGCUGUUUCAAACUGUGGUAUUGCUACUUUGGUUCAUGAAAAAAUCAUUUAUUAAUAUUUUAUAACGUUAGGGUGCAUACGUAAAGAUAGGAUAGGUCUUAUUACGGUCAUGUGAUGUGUAACUGCACAACAGAAACUGAAGCUCCACGUCUUCACAUGAGUCACCGUAAGUAAGUAUGACUGUGCUGCAGGUUUAAUCCUUAUGAGCCGAAUCUUUACCAAUAUUCUUCAAAAGCGACAUGGAGAAAGCCUGUGCUGUGAAAGAGUCGUCGGAAAUAAAGAGCAGCAGCUCCACAGCCGACAGACGUGCUGUCUGCAGCGAUGCCACAGCAGAAACCAAAGAUAAAGAAGAAAACAGCAAACUGUCGCUGAUCUGCUGGAAUGUGGAUGGGCUCGAUGGAGAGAAACAGCCCGAGAGAGCGAGAGGUCUCUGCUCUUACUUAAUCUCACACUCUCCUGACGUGGUGUUUCUUCAGGAGCUCAUCCAACCAUACAUCCGCUUCAUGAAGAAACGUCUGGAGGCCAACUACACGUUCAUUGAAGGUGGUAAUGAGGGUUACUUCAUCGGGAUGAUGUUGAAGAAGUCACGAAUCACACUGCUGCACAGCGAGCUAGUCACCUAUCCAUCCAGUCGGAUGAUGAGGAACCUGAUUGUCGCUCAGGUGCUGUUCAAAGGCCAGAAGCUUUGUCUGAUGACGUCCCAUUUGGAGAGCUGUAAGGCCAAUGCAGGAGAGCGCAUGAGACAGCUGCGACUGGUGAUGAAGAGGAUGACGGAGGCGCCUGAUGAUGUCACCGUCCUGUUUGGAGGAGACACCAACCUGAGAGACUCUGAGGUGGUCAAAGUGGGCCUUCCCAGCUGCGUCUGUGAUGUGUGGGAGCAGCUGGGAGAGCCGGAGCAUUGCCGCUACACAUGGGACGCCCACGUCAACACCAACAGGGACUUUCAGUUCAAGUGUCGCCUCCGCUUCGACCGGCUGUAUCUGCGCCGGGCUGCCAAAGACGGCGUCCCGCAGGUGGAGCCUGACAGCAUGGCCACGAUAGGGCUGGAGAAGCUGCAGUGUGGCUGCUACAUCAGUGAUCACUGGGGAGUCUCCUGUGCGUUCUCCACUGAGUAGAAAUGCACAAAACAAACUAAAGAACCUGUGUAAUCUUUCCUCUCAUUUAUAUAUUUGUGCCUCAGAAGUUUCCUGUGAAGUUGGGGGGAAAGGUGUGUUUAAAGCUUUAACAGAGCUGGGUUUAGACGAGUGAUGUUCCCUCUGUGAAAGAUGCUCUUCUUACGUCA